GUUCAGUGUAAACUACUCCGAAAAAAGAAGCCUUGAUUGAUUUGCAAUUUGUGACAUAAUCAUGUCGGUGGCCGCUACAAAAUCAGCCAGUGGAAACGAAUGGUUAUCUUGUCGAGAUGUACUAUGGUACCUUAGCUUCUGUGGAUUUGCCAUUGACUACAUAUUGAGAAUCAACUUGAGUCUGACCAUUGUAGCCAUGGUCGCACCCCGGCCCGAAUUUGUAGUGACUGCACAAUGCACACAAGACAUACCGCCAACAAUAAGGCCAAAUCUUUCUGACCUGUCGGUCAACACAUCAUCCCCAACGGAUGUUGAAGAGAAUACCGUUAUACCAUCGUUGGGACUUGCAGAGAGCCAGAAAACCGGUUCAUCAAUAAAUCACACUGAGUACCCUGAUCGAUUUUCCUGGAACGAGUACGAACAAGGCCUAGCUCUUGGAGGAUAUUAUUGGAUGCACUGGGCUAUGCAACUUCCUGGUGGCGUCUUAGCGCGUCGUUACGGAACGAAGCUAGUCUUUGGCUUAGCUAAUUUCAUUCCUGCAUUAUUGGGCUUCUUUAUACCACUUUUCGCGCGAUAUCAUCUGUACGCCUUCGUGUUUAUAAGAGUUCUACAGGGAGCGCUUGCAGGUGCAGCUUGGCCCGCCAUGCACAAUAUGACAGCUAAAUGGAUUCCCUUUGGUGAGAGAAGCAAGUUCGUCAGCUCUUACCUUGGUAGUUCUGUCGGAGCAGCGAUUACGUAUCCAAUCAGUGCGAUGCUUAUCAACUGGCUUCGGUGGGAAUCAGUUUUCUACGUGACAUCUGCUCUCGGAGUUAUAUGCGAAGUUUUCACUUUUUCUAGGUAUGUUGCCUGGUAUUAUCUUGCCUAUGAUAGACCACAAGACCAUCCCCGGAUAUCAGAGGCCGAAAAAGCUUACAUCUUAGAGAGCCUAGGAGAGACUGUGAGCCACGACGAUUCUCAAACUGUACCAUGGAAGGCCAUUCUGACCUCACGGCCUCUCUGGCUAAUAACCAUAGCCGAAUGCGGCAAUGCUUGGGGUGUUUUCACACUCAAUUCAGAAGCACCAUCUUACUUGAACUAUAUCCAUGGAUGGAAUAUUAGCGCGGCUGGCUUGCUUUCAGCUGCCCCCCACAUGAUGCGCAUGUUGUUCGCCUUCGUGUUUUCCAGUUUUGCGGACUGGCUGCUCCGAACGAGACGAAUGUCGACAACAAGACUGAGGAAGUUUGCAAUUCUAGUAUGUAACGGCGUUCAAAGUAUAAUGCUCUUGGGUCUGGCCUUUAGUGGCUGUCAUCCGAUCUUAGCAGCAGCAUUUAUGAUUGCUGGGAUGACUGCCGCCGGUGCUAAUUCUGCUGGAACACUCGCAUGCACUGUCGACUUGAGUCCAAAUCACGCAAGCGUGCUUCUCGGUAUUACAAACACCGUUGCCACAAGCUCUGGAUUCAUCUCUCCUAUGAUAGUCGGAAUUCUGACUAAUAAUAAUCAAACGAUUGAUCAAUGGCGCUUGGUAUUCCUCAUCACGGUUGCAAUAAUGUUUUCCACUGGUGCGUUGUACAUAUUGUUUGGGGUUGCUGAAUUACAGCCUUGGAACAACACACGUAAUGAAGAAGUGGGCGAGGAACUGCAGAAACUCCGCGGAUCAGACGUAGAUAAAGUCGAAUGUGGAAAAACCACCAAUGCGAUUUCAUAGAAGAAAAAUAACACUUUAUAACUCAUAGAUAAUGGAUGAAAUUUACGUGUUGAAGUGAACACAUUGAGAUAACUGAACUCAGCAAAAUGAACAGUUCAUCCUGCUUUUUUCAAUUCACUUUCGAUGGUUCUCACGUUACGUCCCAGUCGAUAAUUAUGGUAGUACCCUCUCUCUAUCGUAACUUACAGACCUGCAAUUACCAUAAGAGAGUUCCGCAUGCUCAUACCGUAGUUCUAACAUCCGAUCCAUAUCGAUCUAUGUAGAGUUAACAUGACUCCGUGUCAGUGUGCAAUGGUCUUGCACCAACAAUCUGCAUACAAUAUACCAUUCGUUAUGAUAUAAUGUAAGCGAUUUUACAGUAUGUAAUGCUCUGCAGUAUACAUCAUUUUCACACUUAACUUUACAUCUUUGGUCUCAACCCAUACACAGAUCGCACGGUCUGCAACUGAAAUUCGUAAAGCUCAGGUUGCUCGUAAAAACG